AUGACUUUGGGAAAUUGUUGCUGGCGGAGGCCCUCCUGGAGCAGUGUUUGAAGGAGAACCAAGGCAAAAUAAAAGACUCCAUCCCGCUGCUGGAGAAGAAUGAGAGCAGGAUGAUUGAAGCCAAAAAUUACCUGAGCAGUGUCCUUAACCACGGGCGGCUGUCGCCACAGUACCUGUGUGAGGCCAUGCUGAUCCUGGGCAAGCUGCAUUACGUGGAGGGCUCCUACCGAGACGCCAUCAGCAUGUACGCGCGGGCCGGGAUCGAUGAUCUUUCUGUGGAGAACAAGCCCCUGUAUCAGAUGCGGCUGCUGUCGGAGGCGCUUGUCAUCAAAGGUCUCUCGCUGGAACGCCUGCCCAACUCCAUUGCCUCCCGCUGCCGCCUGACCGAGCGGGAGGAGGAAGUGGUCACCUGUUUCGAGAGGGCCUCCUGGGUGGCCCAGGUGUUCCUGCAGGAGCUGGAGAAGACUGCAAACAACAGCACCUCGCGGCACCUGAAGGGCUCACACCAGGCCGACUAUGAGCUCACCUACUUCCUAGAAGCUGCCCUCCAGAGCGCCUAUGUGAAGAACCUGAAGAAGGGGAACAUCGUGAAGGCCAUGAGGGAGCUCCGCGAAGUUCUCCGGAGCGUGGAGACCAAAGCGACGCAGAACUUCAAAGUGAUGGCUGCCCAGCACCUGGCGGGGGUCCUGCUGCACUCGCUGAGUGAGGAGUGCUACUGGAGCCCCCUGUCCCACCCUCUGCCUGAGUUCAUGAGCAAGGAGGACAGCGCCUUCGUCAUGCAGGCCCUGCGCAAGCCUCACCUCUAUGAAGGGGACAACCUCUACUGCCCAAAGGAUAACAUCGAGGAGGCCCUCCUGCUGCUGCUCAUCAGCGAGUCCAUGGCAACUCGGGACGUGGUGCUGAGCCGGGCGCCGGAGCAGGAGGAAGACCGGAGGCUGAGCUUGCGGAACGCUGCGGCCAUCUAUGACCUCCUGAGCAUCACGCUGGGCAGAAGGGGCCAGUAUGUCAUGCUCUCCGAGUGCCUGGAGCGAGCCAUGAAGUUUGCGUUCGGAGAAUUUCACCUUUGGUACCAGGUGGCCCUCUCCAUGGUGGCUUGUGGGAAGUCAGCCUACGCUGUGUCGCUGCUACGGGAAUGCGUGAAGCUGCGGCCCUCCGACCCCACUGUGCCCCUGAUGGCUGCCAAGGUCUGCAUUGGGUCCCUGCACUGGCUGGAGGAGGCGGAGCACUUUGCCAUGAUGGUGAUCGGCCUUGGUGAGGAGGCUGGGGAGUUCCUCCCCAAGGGCUACCUGGCCCUGGGUCUCACCUACAGCCUGCAGGCCACUGACGCCACCCUGAAGUCUAAGCAAGAUGAACUGCACCGGAAGGCGCUGCAGACACUGGAGCGAGCCCAGAAACUGGCGCCCGAGGACCCCCAAGUCAUCCUCUAUCUGUCCCUGCAGCUGGCCCUCGUCCGACAGAUCUCCAGUGCCAUGGAGCAGCUGCAGGGGUCCCUGACAGUGUGCAAGGACGAUGCCAAUGCCCUCCAUCUGCUGGCACUGCUCUUCUCCGCCCAGAAGCACUAUCAGCAUGCCCUGGACGUCAUCAGCAUGGCCAUCACCGAGUACCCCGAGAACUUCAACCUCCUGUUCACCAAGGUGAAGCUGGAGCAGGUGCUGAAAGGCCCAGAGGAAGCCCUCGUGACCUGCAGACAGAUGCUACGGCUGUGGCAGACUCUGUACAGCUUCUCCCAGCUCGGAGGCCUGGAGAAAGAUAGCAGCUUGGGCGAGGGGCUCACCAUAAAGAAACAGAGCGGCAUGCACCUGACCCUGCCUGAUGCCCACGACGCUGACUCAGGCUCUCGCCGGGCAUCGUCCAUCGCAGCCUCUCGGCUGGAGGAGGCCAUGUCAGAACUGACCAUGCCCACGUCAGUCCUGAAGCAGGGGCCCAUGCAGCUGUGGACCACGCUGGAACAGAUCUGGCUCCAGGCUGCCGAGCUGUUCAUGGAGCAGAGACACCUGAAGGAGGCAGGCUUCUGCAUCCAGGAGGCGGCCGGCCUCUUCCCCACCUCUCACUCGGUGCUCUACAUGCGGGGCCGGCUGGCCGAGGUGAAGGGCAGCCUGGAGGAAGCCAGGCAGCUGUACCAGGAGGCGCUCACGGUGAACCCAGACGGCGCACGCAUCAUGCACAGCCUGGGUCUGAUGCUGAGCCAGCUGGGUCACAAGAGCCUGGCCCAGAAGGUGCUGCGGGACGCCGUGGAGAGGCAGAGCACGUGCCACGAGGCCUGGCAGGGCCUGGGCGAGGUGCUGCAGGCCCAGGGCCAGACCGAGGCCGCCGCCGACUGCUUCCUCACCGCCCUGGAGCUGGAGGCCAGCAGCCCUGUGCUGCCCUUCUCCAUCAUCCCCAGGGAGCUGUGAGCCCACCGCAGCGGCAGGGUCGGGGCACGGAGAGGCCCGAUGCGGGCCUUGGGGAAUGCAGCGGUAGUAAACGCUUCUGCAAGCUGCAGCCCAGGUCUCCCCCGCCCUGCAGCUUUCCAGCCUGCGCCUGUGCUCUGGAGCUGGGCGGACAAGACUUGCACCCAAAGCACAUUCCUUGCCCUCUGGGCCGUAGACACUGUGGUGUUUGUAGGCAGGGGUGAGGGGAGGCCACGUCGUGCAAAGGUGCGCUGAGGGGCUGUGUGUCUGGUGCCUGGCCCCAAGCCCCGUCCUCAGGUUCCAGUCCAGAGCCUCCGCCCCACAAGAGAUGAACCCCACGAGCCAAGCUUGGCCGAGUCAAGCUUUGCCCCCAUUCCUUCCUAGGGCCUUGGGAGACAGACUAGCAUGGACCCUCAGUGACUUAGCGUUUGUGACUGGGUAUGCUCCUGAGGGGGUUUACAGCCGGAGUCCCCCACCCCCCCAUGCCUUGGGCUCUAGGGGCCCCAUUCCCAAAUCUCACUUCCCGGAUAGCCCCUAGGUCUUGCCCAGGGCACGCACAGCCUGAGAUUGCUGGCUCAGGGAAACCUGCGGGAUCCCCGGAUCCCUCUCAGACUCCAUGAUGGCCAGGGAUGCCUAGCAUUGCCCCUGUGUCCGGAGGCCAGUGGGGUCCUGUGUGCUCUUCAACCUGCCACCAAGUGCCUGUGGGCCUCUGGUGUCCACCCGGGGCACCGAACAUCAGUCCUUAACACUCUUACAUUUCCACCUACUUGAUCCACCUGCAGAGGCCUCGGCACCACUGGUCUCCAUAGGCCCUAGGCUAGUGGUCCCUAAGCAGGCCUGGGGGUGCAGAGACAGCUCUGGAUGCAGCUGUUUCUAAUGCCCCAAGUCAGUGCAUUCCUUCAAGCCUUUUCCUAAAGGCAGGUCCCUCUGGGGCUGAUAAUGCGGAGGGGGCAGUCCCUAGGACUAUCCCCCAAAACCUGGGGUCUUUUGGGUGGCCUGUGCGCCAUGCUGGGGCCCGGGAGCCGUGAUUAGAGAUGAUCUAGCCAGCCCUGUCCAGCUUGAGCAGGCUUGGGCUCCACGACAUGCCCUGUCUGCCGACACCGCCACCUGCGGCUCCACACUUGGAGCGCUGCCCCAUUCCCUGGGGCUUGACAGGAAGUUCCCCUCUGACUUGCGCGUGGUCCAGGGGUACAGAUCUCACUUUAAGGAGUGGGAGAAGGCCGGGGAGGGCCGUUGUCUGUGACAGCUUCCUGGGAAGCCUCACCCCAGCCUGCACGGGCUCAGCCCUGCGGGUCUCCAGGUUUUUCCCCAGAGAGCUGGCCCCCCUGGCCACCAUACCAGGGGAUAUUCUGUCCUUUGCCUCUUGGGUGAAGGAUCUCUGUAUGUGGAUAUAUAAAUAUAGAGAUAUAUAUAGAUAUAUAUAUAUAUUUGAUAGAGAUCUAUUUUUUCUGAAACUCUCUUAGGAAAAUAAAGAAUAUGCAAAUGCUAUUGACCUACCUUGGGGUCCCUAAAGCUGUUGGGAGUCAGUUCUUGGGAGUAAGAAAGAUAGAGAUGUGAUCCACCUUUCCCCAUCCCCUCUUGGGAGCCACAGAGGGCUGGGCCAAGUCGCUGACCAUGAUCUUCAGACUGAAUAAAGAGACCCCGGAAGGGGAAACGGGA